AUGGAGUACUACGAUUGUGAUCACUCACUGCGUCUUCUUUCAAGUGCAUAUCACGAAACCACACGUUUUCCGGUGGUGUGCUUCUCCAACAAGAUCCACUCAUGCCAUUAUUUGUCAUUCAGAAAAAAGCAAACAGCAAAAGAAAGAGUAGCCAAGAGAAGACUGUCAAUGGCAAAUCCGACCAUCGUCCUACUGCCCGUCUGGGGAGUCGGCCACUUCAUGCCCAUGAUCGAGGCCGGGAAGCGGAUGGUCCAAUGCAGCAGCCGCGCACUCUCGCUGACGGUGCUUCUCAUGCCGGCGCCGACUGCGCAGGCUGCGUCCGACAUCGCCGGCCACGUACGCCGGGAGGAAGGCGGCGACAUCGACAUCCGUUUCCACCACCUCCCGCACGUUCAGCUCCCGACCGACCACACGGGCAUCGAGGAGUUCAUCUCCCGCAUAGUGCAGCUCCAUGUGCCCCGCAUCGGGGCUGCCAUAUCCGGCUUGACGUGUCCGGUGGCCGCUCUCGUCUUCGACAUCUUCUGCACGGCGGCGCUCGACGUGACCCGCGAGCUCGCCGUCCCAGCCUACGUGUACUUCACCUCGAGCGCUGCGAUGUUGGCGCUGCUAUUGCGCUCGCCGACGCUCCACGGGGAGGUGGAGGUGGAGUUCCAAGAGAUGGAAGGCGCGGUGGACGUAACGGGGCUCCCGCCGGUGCCGCCGUCCUUCCUGCCGCGGACUAUGCUGGACAGGAAGAUCCCGACGUACACAUGGUUCGUAGAAACGGGAAGGCGCUACAUGGAAGCCGACGGCAUCAUCGUCAACACUGCAGCGGAGCUCGAGCCGGGCGUCCUCGCCGCCAUCGCCGACGGCCGGUGCACGCGCGGUGUCCACGCGCCCACCGUGUACCCUAUCGGGCCAGCAAUCUCUAUAAGCCAGCCAGCUGAGCCGCGGCACGAGUGCGUGCGGUGGCUCGACUCGCAGCCUCCGGCCUCGGUUCUGUUCCUCUGCUUCGGGAGCAAAGGGUGGUUGUCAACAUCGCAGGUGCAGGAGAUAGCCCACGGCCUGGAGCGCAGCGGGCACCGCUUCCUGUGGGUGCUGCGCGGCCUGCCGGGGGACACCUCGCAUGGCGCACGUGACCCCAGAGAUGCGAACCUUGCCGAUGUGCUCCCGGAGGGGUUCUUGGAGAAGACAAUGGAGAUAGGGCUGGUGUGGCCGCAGAGAGCGCCGCAGAAGGACAUACUGGCGCACGCCUCGGUCGGGGGAUUCGUCACGCACUGCGGGUGGAACUCCAUCCUGGAGAGCCUGUGGUUCGGCGUGCCGAUGCUGCCGUGGCCGCUCGACGCCGACCAGCAUUUCAACGCGUUCGCGUUGGUUCAUGGCAUGGGCGUGGCCGUACCAUUAGAGUCGGACAGGAAGCGGGACAAUUACGUCGAGGCCGCGGAGCUGGAACGGGCGGCUAGGUCUCUGAUGGGCGGUGAUGACGAGAGGGGAAAGGCGAAGGAGAAGGCCAUGGAGAUGAAACUCGUGUGCCGGAAUGCCGUGGAGCAGGGCGGGUCUUCCUACGCUUCGUUGCAGAAGCUCUCCGAGAAGCUCCUCGGAGGGACGGUGCUACCGAAGAAAUGAUUUGCACUUCCACUUGGAUGCCAUCAACGCAAAAUGGUCGAAUGCCUCCGAUUUAACUGUCAUAUGUUUCCCCUUGUGUUUCAUAUGACUCCAAUAUGGAGCUGUAAAGUUUAUUUUGUCCAACUGUCUGGUGCUUUGCGGAAUAAAUAAAUUUACUUGCGUUCAUUUUCA